UACACCACACCCCAAUCCACUCAAAGAGAAGGGAAGCGUUUCUAAGAAGAGUUGUAGCAGAAAUCUUAAGAUAAGAGAAGAUGGUGGCAGGAAGUUUCAGUAUUGAGAUAGAGUCUCCAGUGGAGGCAAAAAGGCUGUGGAAAGCAACUGUGGACACCCACAACUUAUUGCCAAAGCAAGCACCAGGCCUCAUAUCGGGCAUCACACUUGUUCAAGGUGAUGGAGGAGUUGGCACCAUUCGACACGUUAAGUUCACUCCAGCCAACAAGGAUUUUAGCUCUGUGAAAGAGAAAGUGGACUUGAUUGAUGAGGCCAACUUGGCUUAUGGUUACAGCCUUGUGGAAGGAGGAAUGUUGGGGGAAAAAGUGGCGUCAGUCAGCCACAAGAUUAAAUACACCUCUAAACCAGGGGGUGGAUGCAAUACGACAUUUACCUGCAACUAUGAUACCCUCCCUGGUGUUCCCCAUAAUGAAGCCAAAAUUGAGGAGAUCAAGGUCAACUACACUGGUUUGUUCAAGCAGGCGGAGCAAUAUCUUAUUGCCAAUCCCACUUUAUACUGUUGAAAUCAUCACGAUCCCCCUCUUUCUCAAUGGCAGCAGUGCCACUUGCUCAAUAAAAACUUAUGUGUAUCGCACAGUGAUAAAAUUACCAGGAUUCCUCUCUUUCUCAAUAAAAAUAUGUCUUAGGGAAAUAGUAAAGUUCGUGGAACUUUCUCAAUGUUGGUUUAGAAUCUAGCUAUAGUUUGGCUCAACAAUAGUAGUCUCCUUCCAAUUAAUUAGAAAAAGAAAACAAUAUGUGUACUUGUUGUAAUAACGAGGCAGAGUCAAAAAGUGAUGCUUUCUUAAGUAUUCAGUUAUGGUCAUGUAAUUUUGAAAUAUAAAUAUAUAGUUUGUCUUAUGGUCUU